GGUUUAGUUGGCUCUACCAUAAAUCUGAAAAACGCCCCUCUCGUUUGCCUCUUCCUGCGGAGAAGAAGACCUUUGCCUUUUGAGCCUUCAAUCUGAAUUUGGGGCUUUCACCUUUUCAGCUUGAAAAAAAAUGCCGCGUUAUGAUGAUCGAUAUGCCAAUACACGUCUAUAUGUUGGUCAUCUGGCUUCUCGUACACGGUCACGAGAUCUUGAAUACCUUUUCAGCAAAUAUGGAAGAGUACGAGAUGUGGAUAUGAAGCGUGACUACGCAUUUGUUGAAUUUAGUGAUCCUCGAGAUGCUGAUGAUGCAAGAUAUCACUUGGAUGGUAAGGAGUUUGAUGGAAGCCGCAUCAUUGUGGAAUUUGCGAAGGGGGUACCACGUGGUUCUCGAGAAUAUUUGGGCAGAGGUCCUCCUCCAGGAUCUGGACGUUGCUUUAAUUGUGGCAUAGAUGGCCAUUGGGCUCGAGAUUGUAAAGCUGGAGACUGGAAGAACAAGUGUUAUCGGUGUGGAGAAAGAGGUCAUAUAGAGAGAAACUGCAAAAACAGUCCGAAAAAACUGAGGCGUGGGCGGAGUUAUUCCCGAUCACCAGCUAGAUCACACUCUCCUCGCCGUGGCCGAAGCCGCAGUCCAAGUUACAGCAGAGGUCGAAGUUACAGCCGAUCAAGAUCACCUCCACCAAAGAGAGAGCGAAGUGUGGAGAAUGAGGAGAGGUCCCUGAGCCACGAUCUGAAGAAUGGCUUGCCCUCCAAGAGUAGGAAGCGCAGCCCAACACCUGAUGAUGGCAGCCCACGCAUUUCUCCCAAAUCUCGGAAACUGGAUGACCAGCAAGAGAGAUCAGAAUAUAGUGGUAGCCCAAGGAGCAGAAGCCCUGAAAGACAGAGCCCUGGUGAUGGGAGGUACGAAAGUCCAGCUCAAACUAAUGGCCGGAGCCGCAGUCCCAGUCCUAGGGAUGACAGGAGUCCUGUUGAUGAUGAUUAUGAGGACAACCGCCGCACCCCAAGAGGCAGCGAGUCGCCCUAGAAGUGUGUCCCAAUGACUGGAAGUGCCUUAGUUGCACAUCCAUGUCAUCUGAAAGACCUUGUGUUUUCCUGUUCUAUUUAAACGAUGGUAAUCAUUUGACAUGCUUUGGAAGUAGGAAAGUAUACUUGAAAGCUUUUGACCUGGAUUGAGGAAAGCAUAUUUUGAAUUUUCUGGUAUUGGGAGCUAUAGUUAAUUAAUUUGGUAAUGUUUAAUGUUACUUUUUAUGGAUUUUGAAUAUAUAACCCAGUGUGCAUGAUGGAUUGAUGA